GUGAAAUAUGAAUGUGAACGAUUACGAUAUGAAAUCAUUUAUGCGCUGAUUGAUCUUCAGCAUCGCCUCCAUUUUGAAUCUGAUUUAAUGUCCUGAUUUUAUUUGUGAUGAUGGAUUUAUUCCCUGCCUCCUGAUUUCUUCCUCUCGGCCACUGCUGUGCGGUUAUGGUGGUUUAUAUAAACGGGAUUGUCCAUCACUGAAGCCGGAUUAUUUCACAUAUUGAUCUGAACGUGUUUCUCACUGUAAUCAAAGAAAGGUUCGAGAUGAUUCGGUUCGGAGAUGGAGGAUUCGGAUCAGUGAGUAUGUGCCCCUCGUGAGAGAGGGCUGAUCGAUCUGCCCUGAACCCGGUGAUGAUGAUGAAGAUGAUGAUGCUGGAGACACAGAAUGCGAGUCAGGAGAUCGGUGAGGAGGUGGAGGACGGCGCUGUGUUCAGCAUCACUCUGAGGAAGGUCCAGAUGUACCAGUCGUCCAGUAAGAGUCAGCGCUGGAUGGGUGUGGACUCAGACUCGGGUCUCAGUCUGUACGAGACGUGUAAGCUGCGCACCAUCAAAGCAGGAACUCUGGAGCGGCUGGUGGAGUACAUGGUCACCGCCUUCAGAGGAAACGACUCCACCUACGUCACCAUCUUCCUCUGCACCUACAGGACCUUCGCCACCACCAAACAAGUGCUGGACCUGCUGCUCAACAGAUACGCUAAACUGCAGCCGGGUGCAGAAGCACGCAGAAUGACGCCUGAUGAGCGAACGGAGCUCAGGAACACUGUCUCCUCGAUCCUCGGCGCCUGGUUGGAUCAGUACUCUGAGGACUUCUGGAAGCCUCCGGACUACAGCUGUCUGAGACGCCUGAUCCACUACCUGCAGCUCAGCUUCCCCGGAUCGGAUCUGGAGCGCCGCGCCUGUAACCUGCUGAGCCAGUUCCACCGCAGACUCCAGCAGGAAUCAGACCGAGACGUGCUGGAUCAGUGCUGUGCCUUCGCUCUGCUGCAGGAGAACGGAUUCCACGAGGACCGACCCGACUUCCUGAACUUUGACCCCACUGUGGUGGCAGAGCAGUUCACACUGAUGGACGCCGAGCUGUUCAAGCGGGUCGUGCCGUAUCACUGUCUGGGAAGCAUCUGGUCUCAGAGAGAUAAGAAAGGGAAGGAACAUCUGGCGCCGACCAUCAGAGCCACCGUCAGCCAGUUCAACCGCGUCACCAACUGUGUGAUCUCCACCUGCCUGAGUGACCGGACGCUCAAGCCUGCCCACAGAGCCCGGAUCCUGGAGCACUGGAUCCAAGUAGCCAGGGAGUGUCGGAUCUUGAAGAACUUCUCGUCUCUGCGUGCGAUUCUGUCGGCGCUGCAGUGUAACCCGGUUCACCGGCUCAAGAAAACAUGGGACGAAGUGUCAAGAGAAAACAUUCGAAUCUUCCAGGAGCUGUCAGAGAUAUUCUCUGAUGAGAACAACCACUCGCUGAGCCGAGAACUGCUGAUAAAGGAGGGAACGUCCAAAUUUGCGACUCUGGAGAUCAACCCCAAGCGAGCGCAGAAGCGACAGCAGCCUCAGAGAGAUCUGACUGUGAUGCAGGGGACGAUUCCUUACCUGGGAACUUUCCUGACAGAUCUGGUCAUGAUGGACACAGCCAUGAAGGACUAUCUGGACGGAGGUCUGAUCAACUUCGAGAAGAGAAGGAAGGAGUUCGAGGUCAUCGCUCAGAUUAAGCUGUUACAGCUGGCGUGUAACAAUUAUAAUUUCAAGCGUGUGGCGGGGUUCGGCGUGUGGCUCUCCAGUGUGGAGAAGCUCUCGGAGGCUGAGAGCUACAGUCAGUCGUGUGAGAUCGAGCCGCUCUCUGAAUCUGCCUCCAACACGCUGAGAGCUAAGAAGAGCUCAGGAAUCAUGAAGAGAUGGAGCGAUCGGCAGCCCGUGGGUUCAGGAGAAGCCGGAUGCAGCGGAUCUGGAAGCUCUCACUCCAAGUCCUUCGAUCAGCUGCGUUACCCGCCGGGUUUGAGCGGGUCAUUGGGUGACGGCGGUGACUCUCUCAGCGUGACGUCUGCAGGGUCCAGCAGCUCUGAUGUAGAGGAGGUCAACAUCAGCUUCAUCUCUGAUUCACCAGACGCUCUGGAGAGGAAGACCUCCACGCCCUUCGUAAAACAUUCCAAUUCUACCUUAGGGAAGUGCGGCCCUACGGCAGACCUGAUACCCACGUUCUGGGAGUCCACGUCUCUGUCGUCUCUGGACGCGUCGGGUCUCGGCUCAGGUUCUGGCUCCAGCAGUGCCUCCUCGUCUUCGGUGUCGUCCACACCGGUCACAGGGUCUCGCUCACACAAGCGCUCCGUCUCCGGCGUGUCCAGCUACUCGUCUCUCUCUCUGCCACUUUACAACCAGCAGGUGGACGACUGCUGCAUCAUCAGAGUCAGUCUGGACGUGGACAACGGAAACAUGUACAAGAGCAUACUGGUCACGAGUCAGGAUAAGACUCCAGCAGUCGUGAGGAAAGCCAUGGUGAAACACAACCUGGACCGCGAGCGAGCCGAGGAUUAUGAGCUGGUUCAGAAGAUCAGUGAGGAAAAGGAGCUGAAGAUUCCCGACAACGCCAAUGUUUUUUACGCCAUGAACUCCACGGCCAACUAUGACUUUGUCUUGAAGAAGAGAGGUUUCCCGAGAGCAGGCCGAACCAAACAUGUGUCCAGCUCCACGCUGCCCCGAAUGAAGCAGAAAGGUCUGAAGAUCGCCAAGGGAAUCUUCUGAACCCAAACUCUUGUGUCAGUACAGCAGGAGCUGGGUUUGUCUCUCAUGAACUGCUCGUCACCGUCUGGACGCCCAAACUCUCUCCCUGAGAGAACAUCUGUGUGUUUACAACCAUUUCCUGAAUCUC